AUACCGGUCGGAUAAUUUGAUCAAUUAUCCAUCGACGAUCGUCCGUCGAACAUUUAUAUUUUAUCCAUCGCUGAUUCGAACAAUUCCUUCAAUUCGGUACUUUCAUUGACAGCACAUAUGGGUAUAUAUGUAUGUAUGUAUGUAUGUACAAAGUUUAUAUACUAAUGCGGACCACGUUACGCGAAGCAUGUGAAAAGAUGUAGGAUGUCGAAUGGUAGAUUAGAGCCUUUCACUUUUGGGUAACACGAGCCUCCUCCUCGUGCCAAGACGAUGACAAGACUGGAAAGCCCUUCUUCAUUGUGUCUUACGAUUUCACGGCGGAGCUGAGAAAUAUAUAUUUAAAUAAGUGUACAUUAUGUAAUUCGACAAGAGAUAAUCAAAUUCGCAUGGACACUGGUUGCUUUGGAAAUUACAGGGAGUAUGUACAAUCUGCUUCCUGCUAUCGGGAGAUCCUCAAUGAUUUGCAUAACAGUCGUCAACUGAGUGGGAAGAUAUGAACAUUCUAUAAAGGCAGUAGAGAAAAUAUAAAAUUAAACAAAAUUUGUAUACGAAUUUGAACAGUAUAAUAUUGUAUAGCAAAAACAAGAAAACAUGAAUGAAAGUAAGAAUAAUACAGUACAAGUGGUGUUUAUAUCCUUGCUGCUGGAUCUCCUAGCGUUUACCAUGAUACUGCCGUUACUGCCAGCUCUCCUGGACCAUUACAAAGAGAUAGAAAAGGGGCACGGAUUGUACUCCGCUAUUUUGAACCAUGUCAAAAGCAUACAAAUAUUCUUUGACGCACCAGACAAAGUCAGCACAGUUCUUUUUGGAGGUUUCCUAGGCUCCAUGUAUUCCUUCUUACAAUUCCUAGGAUCACCAAUCAUAGGAGCAUUAUCAGAUAUUUAUGGACGAAAGCCUUUGAUGUUGCUUUGCUUGACAGGCAUUUCGCUCUCUUAUCUCUUAUGGGCUUUGUCCACAAAUUUCGGUAUAUUUGUAUUGGCCAGAUUCGCAGGAGGGAUAAGUAAAGGAAACAUCAGUCUAUCGAUGGCUAUUAUCAGCGAUGUUACAGCUCCAAAAACGAGAGGAAAGGCAAUGGCACUUGUCGGAAUAGCCUUCUCCAUCGGUUUUGUCGUGGGACCAAUGAUAGGGGCAUUUUUUGCAUGGAUUUCCAGUGGUAAUAGAGAAGGCACGUGGUAUGUGACACCAGCGCUAUUUGCGCUCUUCCUUGCCCUGAGUGACUUACUUUUUGUUGCUUGCUAUCUGAAGGAAAGUCUAUCGUUGAAACAUAGAGCGACCACUUUGGCAAAAGGAUUAUCCGGGGCAAUUUCCUACAUUAAUCCUGUUGAUCUCUUUCAAUUUAACGGAGUGUUGAACUUGAGUCGGCAAGAUCAAGAAGACUUGAAGAUAUUAGGUCGAACGUAUUUUAUAUACCUUUUUAUAUACAGCGGCUUGGAGUUUACUCUAACAUUUUUGACGCAUCAUACGUUCGGAUUUACGAGUAUGCAACAGGGUUGGAUGUUUCUCGGGAUUGGACUGGUCAUGGCAAUUUUACAGGGCGGUUGGGUGCGACGUGUACCUCCAAAUAAAACGAAAACCAUCAGCGAGCUGGGUUUAUGGCUAAUAAUUCCCGCAUUUGUAUUUAUCGGUGUCGCUACCAAUGUGCAGGUGUUGUCUAUCGGGAUUUUUCUUUUUGCAGUUUCCACUGCGAUGGUUGUGACUUGUAUGAUGACUCUGGUGACGCGUAUUGGACCUGAACAUCAGAAGGGUGCGAUCACCGGCAUAUUUCGUUCCCUGGGUGCAUUAGCUCGCGCUUGCGGGCCUAUCGUCGCUUCUGCAGCGUUUUGGUGCAUCGGGAGUGCCACAACUUAUCUAACUGGGGCUCUGCUACUCACGCUACCGCCGCUGAUUUUGCACAGCAUGCGUACUUUAUAAUAUUUGUCAUAAGCCUCUCAAAUGUUAUGCCGUCUACUUUUUUUCAUCUUGUAAAGAUAUACUCUAGAAACAGUAUUUUUAUAUCUUUUUUUACAUUACAGUUUUAUACAGAUUUAAAAAAAAAA